GGAUUGGUGCAGCAAUGGACAAAUUGGCGCCAUUUUGAAGCCGAGGGGAGGCUCACAGUGGAUGAGGCAAAGACGAUUGGCUACGAUUCAUCAAAUAAGCUAAAAGCCAGAGGAGAGCAUGGCUCACUCAAAAGGUCGGACCACAGAUGACAAGAUCACUUGUCCGCCUGGGGUGAAAGAAAUCUCUGACAGAAUCUCUAAGGAUGAAAUGGUCCGCAGGCUCAAGAUGGUGGUGAAGACGUUCAUGGACAUGGACAUGGAUCAGGACAGUGAGGAGGAGAAGGAGCUGUACCUUUACCUGGCUCUCCACUUGGCCUCCGACUUCUUCCUAAAGCAUCCAGACAAGGAUGUGCGCCUACUUGUGGCCUGUUGCCUGGCUGACAUCUUCAGGAUCUAUGCCCCCGAUGCACCCUACACAUCCCCAGAUAAACCCAAAGAUAUAUUUAUGUUCAUUACUCGUCAGUUGAAAGGACUGGAGGACACCAAAAGUGCACAAUUUAACAGAUACUUUUACUUACUGGAGAAUAUAGCCUGGGUGAAAUCAUAAAACAUCUGCUUUGAGUUGGAGGACAGUAAUGAUAUCUUCACUCAACUUUACCAGACCCUGUUCCAGGUCAUCAACAAUGGUCACAACCAGAAGGUCCAAAUGCACAUGGUGGACCUGAUGAGCUCCAUUGUGUGUGAGGGGGAUUCUGUCUCCCAGGAGCUGUUGGACACAGUUUUGGUUAACUUGGUCCCAGCCCAUAAGAACUUGAACAAGAAGGCAUACAACCUAGCUAAAGCCCUGCUGAAAAGGACUGCUCAGGCAAUCGAGCCAUACAUCACUAACUUCUUUAACCUGGUGCUGAUGCUGGGUAAGACAUCAGUCAGCGACCUGUCAGAGCACGUUUUCGACCUGAUCCUGGAGCUCUACGACAUUGACAGCCACCUACUCCUUUCCGUGCUCCCACAACUCGAGUUCAAACUGAAGAGGAAUGACAACGACGAGCGGUUACAGGUGGUAAAACUACUGGCGAAAAUGUUCGGUGCAAAGGACUCUGAACUUGCAGCACAAAACAAACCACUGUGGCAGUGUUACCUCGGACGGUUUAAUGACAUCCAUGUUCCCAUUCGAAUCAAAUGUGUUAAGUUUGCCAGCCAUUGUCUGAUGAAUCACCCUGACUUAACCAAGGAUCUGACAGAGUUUUUGUAGGUGAGGUCCCAUGACCCUGAAGAAGCAAUCCGCCAUGAUGUCAUUGUGUCCAUUGUAACGGCGGCUAAAAAAGACUUAGUGCUCACCAACGACCAAUUGCUGAACUUUGUGAGGGAGAGGACACUUGACAAGAGGUGGAGAGUGCGUAAAGAGGCCAUGAUGGGUCUGGCUCAGAUCUACAAGAAGUACUCUCUACAGGCAGAGGGAGGGAAGGAAGCCUCCAAACAAAUUGCCUGGAUCAAGGACAAGCUGCUCCACAUAUACUACCAGAACAGCAUUUAUGACAGGUUGUUGGUGGAACGCAUUUUUGCUCAGUACAUGGUUCCUCACAACCUACACACCACAGAAAGGAUGAAGUGCCUGUAUUACCUCUACGCCACAUUGGAUGACAACGCCAUCAAGUGAGUUAAUUAGCAUUUAUUGGAGCAAGAAACAUGAGAAGAUAUAAUUUUGUAACAGAAAACAAACUUCUUAUUAGACUAGUUUGAUUUAAUGGUUGCAAUGAAAAAAUGGUGUGGAACAGGCUUAAAGGUCCAGAAUUCCAAUGGUCCUUUUUUCCCCAGACCGUAUUAGAGGUCCAUUGUAAGAUAGAGUAAUGGUUAGAGAUACAGACUGUCACCCAGCAGACUCUGAAAUAAAUCAGGCCAGGGACAAUAAAGAUUAGCUGAGGAUAAGCUGGGAACAAACAUCAGUAUCUACAUACAGUAAACCAAGCAAAUCAGUCUAAUGGGAAAUACAGCUGCAUUGGCAGAACUGUCCGUGGAGCCAGGAAAUUCACCACAAAUGCAGUCCUGUAAGCAGGCUUUGAAAUGCAGAGCAAAAAUGCACUGCUUGGUCUUUGCAUCUUACAACCCUGUUUCCAAAA